AUGACCACGCUAAAGGCUAAAACGCCAAAUAAGGAAGUGCCUCUCCAAAAUUACUCUCAUAUUAAAAGGAGUAUUUUAGACAAGCGGAAGAAGAAUCCUUUCGCCACGCAGGAAGAUUUGUUCAUCGACCCAUCCUUCCCACCAGACCUGUCCUCCCUCAGUUAUGUGUAUAGUGGGGACGAUCGGUACGAGAAAAUGAUAUUCAAACGGCCACUGGUAACUACUUCCAACGCAGUGCUAUUUGGUGUUGGUGGAGUACUGGAAGCGCAAUUUCCAUGGAAACAAUUCCGGAAGCGGAAGUGGUUUGAAGCUGCUGUUGUUAUUGCCUCCCUGUGUGUUCACUACAUAGAACGGCUGAUCCCAGGCUACAGAAUGUGUGAACAAAGUUUUGCUUUUGAUUAUAUAGGUGCCUUCCAUUUUAACGUGUGGCGGUUCGGCGAGUGGAUCGAUGUGGUUGUAGAUGAUAACUUACCUAUGUACGAUAACAAACUAUACUACUGUCGGUCAUUAGGGAACCCUUCAGAAUACUGGGGUCCUCUCCUGGAGAAGUCGUAUGCAAAAAUUAUGCAAACUUAUGAAGCCAUUGAGUGCGGAAAUACUCUGGACGCGUUGACAGAUAUUACCGGUGCUAUAUGUGAAUUCUACACCCCUGAUAUUAAUCCUCCGGAACAUUUUUUCCAUAUUAUCUACAAGUCCUGGGAAAAUCGAUCGUUUAUGGUGUGUUGGAGGAACAAUAAACGGCUCACUCCGACAGGAUUUAAUCACUUCCGGUAUGACGAUGAAGAGGCAAGCGACGAGGAGAGAUACCUUCAUAUCAUCACUGCAGUUACCAAGUUCCCUUCAAUGGACGCCAGGAUGGUGGAGGUUAUACGAUUGAAAUGUCCUUACAGUUCAGAACCUCAAUGGAAAGGGAGAUACUCAGAAAGGGAUCGCUUAUCAUGGAUGUCUUUAAAUACUGGAUAUUUGGAACGUUACCAUCCGCUUUUAUGCAAAGACCCAGAUGAAUAUUGGUUAUCAAUGGAGGAUUUCCGGUGUAACUUUGGCGGUUUAAUUAUCUGCAGUGGAAAAGAACCUUUCCGGCUAGAAGGUUUCAACGUAGCUCGAGUAUACGGCUGUACAAAGGAACCGGAAGUGGUAACCAAUAACAACGUCAGCCAUGACACAUAUUGUAGACAAUCCCGCUCAACCACACUAAAAAACACUCGUGAUGAUAAAUAUAAGGCUGGGAUCGAGAACAGUAAACUUAGUCCUCGUGUACAGGAAUCCAACAAAGAAAUCACUGUAAAGGAAAAUAAGCAGACUAUCAAAGUAGACACAACAAAGAAAGAACAUUUCCCGCGAAACAAAGUCGGCAUCAUUACUACGCUAACCGAUGGUGUGGACGAGAGUGCCUUGAUGACUCUUUUGAAUCAGAGACGAGGCUCAGAGAACCCUAAUACUUACAGGUCGACUGAUCCGAAAGGAUACAUGCGCAGGCGCAGUGCUUCGCAUGCUUCGACACGAAUAGACCAUCCAAGAUUUGACAGACUUCAACAGCUAAAUAGUAGUUUAUCUGUAAAUUCAUUUUCAUCAGAACCCGAUAGCACUUAUUCUGCAUCCGAUAUCUCUGUUAACAUUUCGGAAACAAGAUCUCGCGAGAACUCUGUGUCUAGGGGUGGUCGAAAAUUGUCUUUUCCCCUCGUGCAUUCUCGAAAACUUUCGGCAGGUUCCGUGUCUCAUUUGACUCAAAGUAACUUUCUGGCAAUGAAGAAGGAUCACUUCCGAUCUCAUGGUGAAUGGAACGUAAUAAUGGAACAUUAUGACAGAUGGACGAAGUCAAUGACAACAGUCUCCAGUGAUACGAAAGCUAACUCGGGUAAUCCCAGAAUCUGUUUUGCUAUAAAUAGCAGUCAUAACUCAAAUGACCAGAUUUCACCCCCGCCGUUUCGUGGGAAAUCCCACGUGCUGAUAUCGCUGUUACAAGAUUGCCGUCACGGACCGUCAACUGCCAAUAGUCUGCUCGUACCAAUAGGCUUUGGGGUCUAUAGGACGAAGAAUUCAGACAAAGAUGAAAAGCGACCUUUAUCACAGCUGCAAACUAUUGGGCUGUUUGAGUCGGCGCAUGACCAACGGGAAGUGAGUGGACGAUUGGAUCUAGAUGAAGGAAGUUACGUCAUAGUCCCGUAUUGUAAAUCAUCAGGUCAUGAAGGAAGCUUCCUGUUGCGCAUGCUCGGAGAUAAAAGGACAGUAGCUGGUAAAGUUGGAUGUAUCGUGUCAUGA